AUGGUGAUUUGUGAAUCUUUCAAUAUUUACUUAUCAUUCGUUUCUAUAUUCUGGUCAUUCUUAUUUUCACCACAUAUCUAUGGUUAUUUAAUUGGAGCCGGAAUAUAUGACAUAACUGGCCCAAUAACCGAUAUCAAUAUGAUGGGCUAUGGUAAUAUCAAACAAAAUGAUAAUGGACUUCAUUUAAGAUUAUUUAGUCGUGCAUUUAUUAUUCAAGAGAAUUCUAGUUCACAACCAAUUGUCAUUGUUAUAAUAGAUGCUGGUAUGGUAUCACAAGCCGUUAAAAUUAAAGUCAUUGAUAAUUUGAAAAGUCGAUACGAUAAUGGGUUAUUUACACAUCAAAAUGUUUUAAUUAGUGCAACACAUACUCAUUCCGGUCCUGCUGGUUAUUUGCAAUAUGUUCUAUAUUCAUUAACGUCUCUUGGAUACGUUCCUGAAACAUUCCAACCAUUAGUUGAAGGAAUUGUUAAGAGUAUUGAUUUAGCUUAUUCUAAUAUGAAAGAAGGAAAAAUAUUAAAAGCUGAAGGAGAUUUACAUAAUGCUAGUAUCAAUCGUAGUCCAGCGGCUUAUUUAAAGAAUCCAGUAGAAGAACAAGCUCGGUAUGAUGAAAAUAUAGAUAAAAAUAUGAUUUUAUUAAAAUUUGUUACAAUGAAUAAUACACCAAUCGGAAUGAUCAAUUGGUUUGCUGUACAUCCAGUCAGUAUGAAUUCUACGAAUACUUUAGUUAGCAGUGAUAAUAAAGGAUUAGCAUCAAUUUUAUUUGAACAAAAAAUGAAUCAUAAUCAAAUGUUAGGAAAAGGUCCAUUUGUUGCUGCAUUCGCUCAAGCUAAUGAAGGUGAUGUUUCACCAAAUACUGCUGGUCCACGUUGUAUUGACACUGGUUUACCAUGUGAUUUUGUGCAUAGUAGUUGUGGUGGUCGUGCACAAAAUUGUAUUGCAUACGGUCCUGGUUCAGAUAUGUUUGAAAGUACAAAACUAAUUGCAUACAAGCAAUUUGAAAAAGCAUGGUUAUUGUUUAAUAAUGCUACUACUGAGAUAAAUGGACCUAUUAAUUUUAUUCAUCAAUUUAUUGACAUGACAAAUAUAAGUUUAAAUUAUAAAAAUUAUUCAGGUCAUACAUGUGAACCAGCCAUGGGUUUUAGUUUUGCUGCUGGUACAACUGAUGGUCCAGGAGAUUUUGAUUUUAUUCAAGGUAUUACACAUGGUAGUUUAUUUUGGCGGAUUGUUCGAAAUUUUAUUAAAACACCAAGUGAAAAAUUGAUUAGGUGUCAAGCUCCAAAACCAGUUCUUCUUGCUACCGGUGAAAUGAAUACUCCUCAUCCUUGGCAACCGUCUAUUGUUGAAACUCAAAUUGUAUCGAUUGGAUCUCUUUUAAUUGUUGCCUUACCUGGUGAAUUUACCACAAUGUCUGGAAGACGUAUUCGUGAAGCAGUGAUUGAAGCUGCUAAUAAAGCUUCUAAACAAAAUGAUCCAAGUUCAACUACACAAUAUGAAGUAAUUCUUUCUGGUCUGUCAAAUGUUUAUUCAAGUUAUAUUGCAACUCCUGAAGAAUAUCAACUUCAACGAUAUGAAGGUGCAUCCACUAUUUACGGUCCACUUACACUUCCUGCUUAUGUUAAUCAAUUCAGUUUUUUAGCAGAAGCUUUAGUUAAAUGUUCCCAGGCAAAAACGGAACAAAUACAGCCUUUAAUAAAAAUUAUGGAAGAAUAUAUUAUUUUACAAAUGAAUUCAUGCCUAUUGAACGUGCAAAUAAAGUUGGUGUUUAAAGUGAUAAGUAUUUGUUGAAAUAUUUCAGUAUGAACAUCAGCACAAAAAUUCACAUAUAUCAAGCUGAUAAGUCUUGCAGAUGAUAAGUCGAACAUCCUGGAAUUUACUGCUAACCAGAAUUUCAUUGUACAAAAAAUUUUUUAAAAUAUUUGUUUUCUUUAUCUAAUGAGAUGAAAUACAGAUUCCAUUAAAACAAUAGUCUGCUUUAUAAGCCAGUGAAAAUGUGUUGUCACUUAAAUUUUAUUGGUAUUUAUUGUUCAUACGACGCCUUCACUUUGUGAUGUGUGCUUCUUAUGUUAACAUAUAUAAGUAGCAUAUAACAUCAAUCAGAAUUUGAAUGCCUGUUAGUAGAAGAUUGAGAAGAUUGAAUUGAAGGGAAUAUGAAUGUACACAGAGAGUAAUUUUAAUAACAACAAGAAUGGAAGAACGACGAAGUUUGUAAGAGACAAAUGAUGGAAGAUAUGCUAAGGUUGUAUUUAAUAUAUAGUUUUACGAAGUCACCUUUUAGUUUCGCAUUAAAAUAGUGAGUUAGUUUUCGCCACCUAUGUCUUCGUUUAGUACAAAAUAAGAAUAAAUUGUAAAAAUCUCUGUUCUGUCAAUUUUUCAUUAGAAAUUGUUACUUAAUAAAAUGCAUUAAAGUGACUGAUAAUUGGUAAUUUGGAGUAGAUGGAUAGAUAAUUUAAUCAAAGGAUUGAAUUUUAAAAUUCAAUCAAAAACGACAUAAAAUUGGCGGAAGCACUUGCAAAGAGAAAACAUCUUGCUUUUGUUUGUACAAUGAAAGUUUUUGCUCACAUACACUGAAAAUAAAAUCUCCAGCAAUGAUAAAUUAUUAAGAAUAAUUAAGGAUGAAAAUAACAAGUUAUUAAAAAGUCAAUAAAUAAAUACAUCUAACCAACUAUUUUCAUAGGCUAAUUCAAUGAAUUGGAUGAUAUUCACUCUUAUUUUCUUUCGAUUUAUAGUACUGCAUAGUAGUUGUAGACCACGGACAACUAUCACUAAACCAACAAUCCAUGUAAACCUGUUUCAUCUUCGUAUAUGAGUCUCAUACUAUGGUAAAAUAGUUUGUUAAGUACUUCCUAAUCUUCAACAGUUGUUUAAUUAAGAUUAGUCGGUGAAAUAAAGCAUAUAAUUUCAACAAACUGCACAAAUUAUCCUUAUUUACGUUGAUAUUAUCGUGAUAUUUCACAAGUAUUAUGUAUUCGGUUCUAAGUCUUACAGGUAUUUUAAAAAAAUUUGUAUUUACUUUUUUUAAAAUACCAUCUAGCGACAAAAGGUCUCUCCCGG